GUUCCUUUAUUCAGGGUCUAGUGACCAACUCUAAAGCGGCCCGGAUUGGAGGGCCUGCAGGACGCAGCAGGCCUGCAGCGCGCUCCAUUGAGGCUCUUCCAUCCGAUGGCAGGGGCAGGCGAACCAAAGUUUUAGGCGGUCAUCGCAGAGCGACCCGUGCGCUAACUUAUCCGCAAUCGCGUCAACCUCACCCAACUCCGCCAGCUUCAUUCGCAAAGCAUCAUUCGUCUCCGACAUCUACAGACCGCGACCCCUAUCGUCCUUCCAUUCCGCCAUAAUUUAUGGAAAGAGCAAGCUGCUUCUCAGUACCAGAAUCAGUCGUCGCAACCAUGUCUCCAGCACGCGUGGAUGCGCCCGAGCCCGCGGAUCGAAAUUCGCGAAAGAGGCCCGCCGAGGCAGACGACGACCAGUCUUGGUCCAAGCGACAAAGAACAUCACAGCCUAUGCGCCCAUUCAUAGCCAUCGAGAAUAUCUUCCCGUCGCACGCUUCAACCGUCAUGACCGCCGAAGACAUGGCAAGGCAAGGCCUGAGGCGGAGCAUCGCAAUGACCCUCCAGAAGGUCGGCUUCGAUAGCUCCCUGCCCGAGGCGAUGGAGAGCUUGGUCUCGAUGGCAGAGACUUAUCUUUCGUCGCUAGCUGAAGAUGUCAAGAUGUUUGCCAACUCUGCAAGGCGGUCCCAUCCUCUACCUCGAGACUUUGAGCAGACGCUCAAGCGCUUCAACCUUACCACAUCCGCGCUGAAGCCUCACAAAAAACCACCAAUUCCCAAGUCGAAGCGGGUGCCCAAAUUUGAGCCUAUUUCCACCGCAGACUUGAUCGAGAAAGAUCUCCCGAUUCUCGGCGACGAUCUCGACGGCGCGCCUGACAAGGCAGCCAAAAACUACAUACCCAGCUCCUUUCCCGCAUUCCCGAGCGUGCAUACAUACAAGUGCACUCCCGAGAACAUAGACGCGGUCACGGUGGUGGAUGACGCGGCUUCUUUUGGUCCCGAGGCGCCAUCCCAGGGCACUAACGGACCUCAAUCACAAUCACAAACCCAGCGCCCUCUGGCGGCAGACGAGAUCCCACGCGGCGACCCGAAGAAGCUCCGCGAGGCUGCAGCGAAGGAGGCCAAGGCUGGCGAGUACGCGCUUAGGAGGCUGAUGCGCGCCAGCAAGAUUGCCAAGCAGAAGGAGGUGUAUUCGUCGGCACAGCGGGAGCCGACGCGCCGGGAGCGCUAUGACCUCUGGGAGUCUGCCAUGCGCGAGCUGAUUGAGGAUGACACGAAGGCCCAAGGCAAGGAGGUGGCUCCGGCAGCGCUGCACGGCGACAAGGGUCGGUUCGAGAUUGCGGACCAUAGCAUGAUCGUGAACGCGGAGAAGAGAUACUACCGAAAAGAGGUGCUUCGGACGGGAGCCAGGAAGGCUGCUGCCCAGGGCGUGUCCGGGAAGAGCUAACGGACUCGCAAGAGCUUAGGUUGGCGCUGCACCACUCGGACGAGCCAUGUCUUAUGGAGGGUCUGGUAGGAGUUUUGUUUUGGGGGCUAUGCCCCAUAUUCAUUUUCGGUGUGUUCAUUUAGAUUCAGCAUAAGAUACCCUAUUUGUUUCGACCUCGGCGA